AUGUGGCUCUUCGCUCUGGUCCUGGUCUCCCUGGCCACUUCCAAGUCUUGGGGGCUCCCAUCCUUGCCGCCUGUUGUGGACACCGUGCAGGGCAAGGUCCUGGGGAAGUAUGUCAGCCUAGAAGGAAUUGCACAGCCUGUGGCCAUUUUCCUUGGAGUCCCUUUUGCCAAGCCCCCUCUUGGACCCCUGAGGUUUGCUCCGCCGCAGCCUGCAGACCCAUGGCACUUCGUGAAGAACACCACCUCCUACCCUCCUAUGUGCUCCCAAGAUGCAGUAAUGGGGCAGGAAUUCUCAGACUACCUUACCAACGGAAGGGAGAACAUUCCUCUCAAGUUUUCUGAAGACUGUCUGUACCUAAACAUUUACACUCCUGCUGACUUGACGAAGAAAAGCAGGCUGCCGGUGAUGGUGUGGAUCCAUGGAGGUGGUCUGGUGCUGGGCGGAGCAUCAACAUACGAUGGGCUCGUUCUCUCUGCCCAUGAAAACGUGGUGGUGGUGACCAUUCAGUACCGCCUGGGCAUCUGGGGAUUCUUUAGCACAGGGGACGAACACAGCCGGGGGAACUGGGGUCACUUGGACCAGGUGGCUGCACUGCACUGGGUCCAGGAGAACAUUGCCAACUUUGGAGGGAACCCAGGCUCUGUGACCAUCUUUGGACAGUCAGCGGGAGGUGAAAGUGUCUCUGUUCUUAUGUUAUCUCCACUGGCCAAGAACCUCUUCCACCGUGCCAUCUCUGAGAGUGGGGUGGCCCUCAUUUCUUCUCUGGUCAAGAAGGACUCGAAGGCCGCAGCGCAGAAAAUUGCUGCCUUUGCUGGGUGUAAAACCACCACCUCAGCUGUCCUUGUUCACUGCUUGCGCCAGAAGACAGAGGGUGAGCUCCUGAAGACGUCACAGAAGAUGAAAUUUUUCACUCUCGAUUUACUUGGAGACCCCAGAGAGGUAAGGACCUUUGGUUUCUUGAUUACAGUUUUAUACCUUGACACCUUUAAGCUCCAGUUAAAUAUGAAUGAAAGAAGUCCCCCUGUGCACUCAGAGUAA